AUGGGUACCAUGGAGUUAGUAUGUGGUUGGCUAGUGGUGAUACUUCUGUUGAUGAAACAAUCGUCAAUUGAAGGAAAGAAAAUCUUUGUUUCCAAGUAUGGUGCUCAUCCGAACGAUGAUCUUGAUGACACAGCGGCAAUUCAAUUGGCUAUCAAUGAUGCAAUCAAACGUGGUUAUACAAGCGAGAUUGUUUUCGGAUUUGGUAUAUAUGCAAUAUCAUCGACUAUUGUCAUAGAAAACGCCAUUAAUUUAACUAUAACUGGAGAAGGAAUUGAUCAAACGUAUUUAAUUGCUUACAAUCAGGUAUCGAUAUUUUUUGCAGAAAACUGUCAAGGAUUAAAAUUUACUUCGUUUUCUAUUGAUUACAAUCCACUUCCAUUUACGGCUGGAUAUAUUGCUAAUAUUGGUGAUACAUUUCUAGACGUACGUGUUGUUUCGCCUCAUCAAACGGAUGUUGAUCGACAAGCUCAAGCUAUCCUUCGAUACGAUCCUGAUCAGAAAAGACCAGCUUUCGGACAGAAUACCUAUGAAAUGUAUCAAACACCUCCGACCGAUAGAAAUACAACGAUUGUCGAGCCAGGAGUUCUACGUGUGCCAUUGAGUGUUCAAACACAAUUCCGUCGGGGUGAUCCAGUUGUCGUUCGUUAUGCUUUUCGUGGCCAUGCAAUAUACGGACAAGAUUUAACAGAUAUUUCCGUCCAAUCAAUUACUAUUUACACAUCAUGGGGAAUGGGUUUCGUGACACUUCGCUCAAGACGUUUACGAAUAAGUAAUUAUCAUGUUUUACCUCGCGAUGGUCGUUGGAUGAGUACAAUUGUCGAUUGCUUGCAUUUCCUCGAUACGAGAGAAUAUCUUUCCAUUACGGAUAGCGAAUGCCAUGCGAUGGGUGACGAUGGUUUGAAUGUUCACGGCGUAUUCUUUCUUGUGACAAAUAUUAUCGAUGCAAAAACAAUCAUUAUUCAAACCAAAACGUCAGCUGACCCGUUGAAUUUUGCCGUCGGAACGAAUUUAGAAUUUAGUGCCAAUCAACAACCAUUUGUCGUGCAUGGUAGUGGUCAAGUCGCAUCGAUUGCACCCACGAAUUCCACUGAUACAAGAAAAAUUACUUUCACCAAUCCGGUUAAUGUAACCUUGAAUGAUUGGGUAUGCGUUGCUGAUACGCCAAUGCUGACGAUACGAAAUUUUACAGUAGCAAACAAUCGUGCACGUGGCGUUCUAUUAGAAACUCGUAAUAUUGACAUUAGGCAAUCAUUAUUCUAUCGUACGAGUGGACCUGCAGUUCUAAUUCAACCAUCGAUGUACUGGCACGAAGGUCCCGAAGCUCAAAAUGUGUCAUUGGUUGGUAAUGUUUAUAUCGAAAAUAAUGAAGGUAUUGCGCAAGAAAAAGGUGUUAUUACGAUUUUACCCGAUCCAGUUCACCUAGUUCCGGUGAUUAAUGAUAUUCGAAUCGAAUCGUCAUCGUUCUACUUAGGGUUAUCCAGUCAAGGACUUUUACAGAGUGAUAAUAUGAACAAUUUAUAUCUUACACACAAUUAUAUUGCUACGAAUCUGUCCACGCCGAUUAUAAGUAUUUGCAAUAGUCGAAACAUAUCGGCAGCUAAUAAUUGUGUAGUCAAUAUGCAAACCAAAAUCACCGAAUAUUAUACGUUCGAUCAGACCAGUCCUUGUUCGAUGAAUUUAAGCAGUUUAAUUGAUUUGCCGCCAUCAGCAUUCAAUGCAUCAUUUCCACCGCCUGCUAUCAUAGACAAAAAGUUUUAUUCAACAUUUUUAACAGAAAAACAUAAAUAA